GAAGUUCAUGUGCUUGAAUCCCGCCUGACUUGUGUUUAACCAGCAGGGUUCGGUUGCAGUUUGAACUCUAAAAUUAGGGAGGCACCCCCGUCUGCACAUGACGCAAAGAGCCCGAACUGGAGCGUGUCGUCGCCUCUGCGCGCCGCUGAUAACGGGACCGUGGGGCCAUGGAGACGUCCCCCUCAACCCCCGCGCCGCUGUUGUCGCCCACGGCACGGGGCCGCGCGUAUUUUUAGCCGCUGUUGUCAUGUUUUCGUAACGGCCCCGGCCGCUUCGCUCGCUAUAAAGGACCGCGUCCCUCCAUCAUGCAGCUGUACAGCAGCGCUCUCACGCACUACCCGAGGGCGUCCCGCUCCGGCAAAGUUACCGUCGCUCUCUCCCCGGCGUCCGAGCGCACCGGCGCGGCCGCGCAAAGUUCCCCCGAGGUCGACGGACCCCUCCGACUGCGCGCAACUUCGGCCACCAACGGCAGCGAGGCGAACAUGCCAGCCUUUUCCUGUUACGAAGCCUCCCCGAUGAGGCCGGUCCACUUCACAUCGACGGCCGAGAUAAUCAUCCGCAGACCUGAUGGGGUGGAGAGGUCUGUGCCGGUUCACAUCAUAAAGGAGUCCAGGGGCAAGCCGCAGAGAGGCGAAAACCAGCUCUGCGAUGGCUGUGAUCCAGAUAUAAUGGAGGUGAUGGAUCACCUGGGCAGUGGGACCGAUGAGAUGUUUCCUGGGAGUCAUGUCUUUAGGAGCAACAAUAUCAACGGGGCGUCGAGGAAGUCAUACCAGGAUCAAACUUCUGCCCAAGGGUCGGCCUCUAGAGGGAAGAGUUCCGGUCCGGUGGCUGCGGAAGAGCCGUCUCCCAUGGGGUCACCCCGCAAAGACUCCAAAAAGGAGAAGGCCUUCGAGCUCAGCGUCCUGCAGGAGUCCCCGCCGCAGAGGGUCAAAGAGCCGGGGGACCUCAACGACAAGGUCACCCGGUACCUGGCUGAGGUGGAGAGGCAGAACAAGUACCUCCAGGAGAGGCACAAGUACAGGUACCACAUCAUUCCGGACGGCAACUGCCUGUACAGGGCCGUGUGCAAGGCCACGUACGGGGACCAGGCGGGCCACGGGGAGCUGCGGGAGCAGACCGUGCACCACGUCGCCGACCACCUGGACGAGUUCAUCCCCAUCAUCGAGGGCGACGUCGGCGAGUUCCUCAUCAACGCCGCACAAGACGGCACGUGGGCCGGGUACCCGGAGCUGCUAGCCAUGAGCCAGAUGCUGAACGUCAACAUCCACCUGACGACCGGUGGCAGCCUGGAGAGCCCCACCGUCUCCACCAUGGUGCACUAUCUCGGGGAAGAGGACUCGUCCAAGCGGGCGAUCUGGCUCAGCUGGCUCAGCAACGGUCACUACGACGUCGUCCUGGACAAGCGUCUGCCCAACCCGGAGUACGAGGACUGGUGUCGACGGUCGCAGAUGCAGAGGAAGCGGGACGAGGAGCUGGCAAAGUCCAUGGCGGCCUCGCUGUCUAAGAUGUACCUGGAGCAAAAUGGUUCCGUUUGAAAUCGAGGCUGUUCUGCCGGGGACAUGUUUCGGGACAGAAAGACAGAGAAACACUUCACCAUGAUGGGUUUCUACCUGCUUUAAAUUAUUUUUAUAAGAUUUCUACACGUGAAAACAUGUGCAGUGCACAAAGUUACGUUUUUGUAAUGUACCAGAACUUCCGGAUUGGAGUUUGAAAGGAUGUACGCCUGGUGUUCGGAUGGUUUUAGUUACGUCGAAAUGACUGAUACUUUGAGUUUGUGAGUGUUCUUGGGGUGUACACAAUUUGUUUUGUUUUUUUGUUUUGUUUUUUGGCUGACCAGUUAUAUUUUUCUCACAUGCUUUCAGUUGCCACACAUUUUAAACAGGAUUCCUAUGCAGUCUGAGAUUUGCUUUUAUCUUCUAGGUCUGAAUAAGUAUAGAAAUAAAAUACAUUUAGGAAAAUGUUAGAUUUUCCAGACUAUUUUUUUACUUUACCAUUUUCUAAAGGACAAAAGUUGAAUAAGGCCUCACAAUUGCGGUGCUUUUAUAUCUACAUGACUUGCUUUGUCUUGUAUUUUCUGUGUCGCAACUUCAUUUUAACAUUAUUACUUUGAUUUUUUUGUCUCACUGACUGAAUGUGAAUGUGUUUUUCAUAAAAAUAUCAACAACAGCAAAAAAGACAUUUUCACUUCUUUUUGGACAGCAGGCAAUUUUAAACUGAGGUUGAACUGAAUCUAUUUCUGCAAAUUUAGAUUUUGAGCAAAACGCAAAAAAAAAAAGCAUGGCAUUUGCUACUUUUUAUUUUUACUUUUCAGACACCCAAAUAAAUGUGCCAGAGUUCCCAAUUUGCUUUUAACAAAAUCUCAAUUUUGUGCUGGAUCCUCCAGUACUUAUUUGAUAAGUCCAAUAAUCAUAGAUAUGAAAAUGGAGCUUAUCUAAAUUAACCCAGACACCAACAAAAAGAAAAACUUUUAAAUAUCGCAUUCCAAUAAAUAAAUAAAUAAAACCAAAGCCAGUUGGAGUAUUGUUUUGUUUCAUGACUUAUUGAAACCUAAAAAUAAGACGUUCUGACCGCUAUUCCAAACCUUUCCUUUAAACAACGCAUUAUUUCCUACCCAAAUGUCCCAAGAUGUUACUAAAGAAGGCUGAAAACACUGUCUAUUUAAAUCAGCAUAAGUAUGUAAAUAUGACAUGAAAAAUGUGGGAGAACCUUGUUUGAAAUGCACUGAAACCAAGAUUGCAUUUUUCCGCUUCUCUGUGCAUUUUUGUGCAAUCUGUUUUCUCUCUUUUGCACUGAAGCUCCAACUAGGCGUGGGUUGGUAUUUGAUUCUCACCGCACUUAUAUUUGCAGUAUCUAAUAGUUUUUGUUUUUUUUAAAUAAGUAAAGCAAUCCUGCUGCUGCUGAAGUAAUAUAUUAUUAAAGGUUUAAUCAUUUAUAUUUGUUUUUAUGUGCCAUUUGUGUUGUUAUUUCGAUCUUGACACAGACUAAGAAAUAUAAACUGCACCAACUCGAUUUGAUGGCCGCUUUAAGCUUACAUGCGCACCAUAGUAUUUUUUUUGUUUGUUUCUAAAUCAAUAACGUAAUGGGUUUUACCUUGUGUUUUUUUAUUAUUAUUAUUAUUUGGAAAUGUUUCCAAGGUUCCUAAAUCCUCCCUCUUCUCCCGCAAGUGAAAAGUGGAGUAGCUUUCUUUCAGUCAGCUGACCAUUGGUGUUGCAGCAACAUGUUGGGGAGGGGCAGGGCUGUGCUCCUUUAUGCUCCACACAACUGGAGAAAAAAAAUCCCAUUCACUCCAGCACUUUAUGCGGCUUCUCAAUGAAACUACUAUAAGCCGUAAGAAUAUAAAACAACAAAUUUUAGAGGUUGUGAAACCAAAACUUUUACGAAUCUUGCUAUACCAUCAUAACGGUAUUCGGUCCACGCCUAUCCCAAUGCAGCUGUUGCGUUUUUAUUGGUAUACUGUUUAUGAUCAGUUAUUUUUAGCGAUGUCAUGGAUUUGCUUUAACUUAUUUUUUUAUCAUUUCUGAAUAAAAUAACAAAGACUU